ACGAUCUGUUGCCUGGCCCUUGUCUUCUGUUGUUACAUUUGGUGUCGCUGCCUACCGACAAAUGAAAAGCCUAUACCCUGCAGUUUUUGAUGGAGACAUAUGGAUCUUCGGGCAGGACUUCAAGGCUUCUGCGCAGUUGAGUGGCGUUCAAGAUCUGUCAGCGAUGGAGCUGCUACUUGAGACGCUGCUGGGAGGUCGGGCGAAAGCAGCAUAUGAAGGUGUGGGCCGAAGUAUGGACGAAUGUUCGACAGGGUCAGGCAAACAGUUUCCAAAGUGGGAAGGACCAUAUAUGGUCACUUCGAGAUGGGGUUACGCAGACACAGUCGCAAUGGCGAACAAUGAGAGGCGCGUGAACGUCAGCGAGCUCCAGAAAUGGAUACAGCGAGACAAGCCAACGAUGACGCCUGCACCAAGUAGAUCAAGCCGACUUCAGUCGCACGUAUUUGACGGGGGGACGAGUGUGGUGAGAGCAGGCUGCUAGCCGAUUGGUUGGCACUAAUCUACGUUAAGGUCUAGGUCACUAAUGUGGGCCGUGAGAAGAUAUGAACAAGCCUGAGUCAACAACCAAUCACAGCAAAGUUAACGUGGCAAAAUAUGAUUCGCAGAGAGAACUCUAUUUGUCAAGGAAUCCCGAAACAACCAAUCAGAAGCCUGCGUUUGUCUACCUAAACAACCAAUCAGAUGACUGCGCUUGUCUAUAAUAAUGUAGUUGAAAGAUGUAUAAAUACGUGUUGAUUUUCAUAAUAAAACGAUCUGUUGCCUGGCCCUUGUCUUCUGUUGUUACAUUUGGUGUCGCUGCCUACCGACAAAUGGAAAGCCUAUGCCCUGCUGUUUUUGAUGGAGACAUAUGGAUCUUCGGGCAGGACUUCAAGGCUUCUGCGCAGUUGAGUGGCGUUCAAGAUCUGUCAGCGAUGGAGCUGCUACUUGGGACGCUGCUGGGAGGUCGGGUGAAAGCAGCAUAUGAAAGUGUGAGCCGAAGUAUGGACGAAUGUUCG